CCCCCUUUCAUCCCUUUUUACUUCAAGCAGCUGGAUUGCUUGCAUACUUUUUACCGCCACUAAUCCAUUAUGGUUACCUAUGAAAAAAUUAAAUCCCGUGUAUCAGAGACGCACUGGUCCAAGCUAUAUAUUUUUGUAGCCGUUCUCCAGUGUAUUAUUAUUGUUGGACUCCAAUCUGGAAUUUGCUCGCAAAACACUCGUCAGGCAGACCUCCUACCCGAACCAACCUCAGAUAAUGCCUUGCAGUCAGUAACCUCGGGAAACAUACUACAAGACGCAGCAGACAGACUUGGUAGAAUAAAAUGGGAAAACAUUGCUUUCAUAGGUUUCCAAUUCUGGUUUGUAGUCAUGGCUCUUGAUGCGGUACGUUCAUUUUGUCCGAAUACAAAGGGAAGGGGCAAGUCUGGGCUUUCAGCUUAAUUAUCGUAUUCGUUAUAUUUGCAUCUCCGCCGCGCCUUUGACCAAUCAGACAGUUUAUCAAAACACCGCAGAAAUUUUGGCUUUGGCCAUCUUUAAUGUAAUUUGCGCUAUUCUGAGUGCCCUUCAGGUCAUUGACGGAGUAAGAUGGCUUGACAGAAUCAACGCUAUAAAACCUGAGAUCGCCUAUCCACUGUCGAUUGCCGAAAAAAUCGAAAUAUCGCUUUCUGUCACCACCCUCGUAUUUGCUUGUAUCAUGUCGUUUUUGAGUUAUAAAAUGUCGAAACAAUUUGGCUGGAAUAUUUACAAAAAGAUCGGCGCUGAUGUCAAAAUACAGAAAAUGUACCGCAUGUUCCAGUUCUUUGUGCUUGCUCUCAAAAUCGAUAUAUUCAUCGAGUUCUUGGUCUCUUUAUUCUACAUUAUCCAACGUUCGCUCGCAGACUCCAGGUCAGAUGAAGGCUCCCUUGAAGGCGCAACAUGGUUCCAGGUAGUCUGUACAAUUCUUAUGCUGCCUAUGCUUUAUUUUGCUCGAACAGCUGGAAGCACAGAGAGCAAGGGCCGCAUGAUCACCUUUAUUGUUUUCCAAUGUAUUGUCUUGGCCCAUUUUGCCCUGGUGUUUAGAAAAACCUUCCAACCUAAUAAUAAUUGGUACACUUGGAUUGUCUUAGUCUGGAUUGGUAUUGCAAUGGAUGUGGCUACUUGUGUGCUUGGAUUUAUUUGUAUGAGAAACUUUGGUGAAGGUCUCAAGCCUUAUGUCCAACGCGGUGCCGCAAGUAAGCAGGAUAUCGAAACUUCGAACAAAGCGCAGGAAGACAACUGGCAGAUUGACGACGAUUAAAUCAAAGGACACUAUUACCAUAUAGUUCUUGAGACUGCCUCAAGAAACUUCCAAAAAAGGAAGAAAAAUAAUUGUACAAAUCAACCUAUAUACAUUAGAGCCAUUUCGUCUGUUGUAUAAAAACAAACAAAAAAAAUGUUUUGUUUCGUCCCGAGAAUACAAAACAAGUCCAUUACAGGUCAUAUAUUCAUUCUAUUCUAAUCAUUCUUCAUCUUCAUCUCUUCAAAUAAUAAUAAAAACAUCGAAUACAAAUACCAUCAUAC